UAUAGUACACUCGGAGUCACAAAUUGUUCGAAAUUCAAGAUGGCCAUGUGUCACGAUGGUCUCUUGAAGUGUUCUCGCUAAGUUUAUUUGUUUUGUGUGAAAAGAGUGUUUUACCACGAUGGCUGACUUAAGUGUUGAUAUAUCAAAGUUGCCGGACGAGAUAAGAGACAAAUUAGCUGAAUUGGACUUAGAGUUAUCCGAAGGUGAUAUCACACAAAAGGGCUAUGAGAAGAAACGGACCCGGCUGCUCGCGCCCUACCAGCAGCAGCCACAAGCAGGCAACCAGCCGCCGCGCGGGCCGCGUGGCGACGGCGGCAGCGGCCGCCUGCACACGAGGAACCGGCGGACGCACCGGCGCGUCACGCACAAUGAGAAGCGAUACCACUCAGAGGUCCGGCAAGAGGCGGUGCAGCAGGCGCUAGCAGAGAUGCAGAACAGACCCAAGCCAUCGCUGCCCAUGCCGUCGAAGCGGACCUCCAUGAUGGCUAAGAGCCCGGACAGAGAACGGCACGACCUCUCAUCAAGUUCAGACGAAGACUCGUGCGCCGGCGACACAGACCUCCCCCCGCCCCCCGAGCUGGGGUCGCCUCCUGCGCGGCGGCCCGCCGCCCCGCACCCCCGCUCACACCCGCACCCGCUGCCGCAGCCCCCACACCACCGCGAGAGGGAGCGGGAGCGGGAACGGGAGAGGGAGAAGAAACACAUGAGGGAGAGGACGGAGAUAGAUCUCUCGGAAAUGACACAUUUACCUGCUUACAUCCAACCAGACGUAACACACACAUCGGCGGGCGCGCGGCGCGGCGGCGCGCUCGUCGCGGACCGUGUCGGGUGCUACCAAUCUGACGACACAGGCACCGGCACCGGAAGGUGGAAGGUGUCAGCCAAGAUCCAGCAACUGCUCAACACACUAAAGCGGCCCAAACGCCGACCUUUACCCGAAUUCUAUGAGGAUGACGACAUCGAGCUCGAGAUCGCGGCCAACCCCAAGGACCCCAACGCGCCCAAACCCGAGGGUGGCACCAUGACCCCAGCGGUGGGCGAGCAGCUGGUUGUCCCCGCCGGGCUCCCCAGGAACCUGGAGGCGGCACUGCAGAGAUACGGCACGGCAUCGUUUAAAGCCAAUGUGGCUACGGUGUUGGACCCUAAUGGGAAAUUGAGUAACUCGCUUACUUAUGGCAAAUUACUAAGCCGCUCGCUCAAAAUCGCGUUCGCACUGCUCAACAAAUCCUUCACGUCGAAGGCGAGCAGCGGCGGCCCGCUAACCGGCGACACAUCCAUCAAGCCCGGCGACCGCGUCGCCCUGGUGUACCCCAACAAUGACCCGAUCAACUUCAUGUGCGCGUUCUACGGGUGUCUGCAAGCUGGUGUGGUGCCUGUGCCAAUAGAGGUGCCGCUGACGAGGCGGGACGCGGGGCUACAGCAAGUCGGGUUCCUGCUCGGCUCGUGUGGGAUACAGUACGCGCUCACGUCCGACGCGUGCCUCAAAGGCCUGCCAAAGACAUCCUCGGGCGACGUGGUCUCGUUCCGCGGCUGGCCAUCGCUCCAAUGGGUGUCCACGGAGAAGCUGCCCCGCCCCCCGCGCGACUGGAUCCCGCCCCCGCGCCCCGCCGACGACAGCCCGGCGCACAUCGAACACACCUCCGCGGUCGACGGCUCUGCCAUGGGUGUCAUUGUUACACGGCAAUCAAUGCUGGCGCACUGUCGCAUGCUCUCAGUGGCGUGCAACUACACCGAGGGCGAGCACAUGGUGUGCGUGCUGGACUUCAAGCGGGAGACCGGCCUGUGGCACGCCGUGCUCGCGAGCGUGCUCAACGGGAUGCACGUCAUAUUCAUCCCGUACGCGCUGAUGAAGGUCAGCCCGGCUUCGUGGAUGCACAUGAUCACAAAAUACAGAGCGUCAGUGGCGAUAGUAAAGUCCCGCGACCUCCACUGGGGGCUCCUCGCCACCCGCGACCACAAGGAGAUCUCGCUGAGCUCGCUGCGCAUGCUGCUGGUCGCUGACGGCGCCAACCCCUGGUCGCUGUCGUCGUGCGACCAGUUCCUCUCCGUGUUCCAAAGCAAGGGGGUCCGCGGUGACGCCAUAUGCCCAUGCGCGUGCAGCAGCGAGUCGCUGGUGGUGUGCGUGCGCCGCGCGGGCCGCGGGGGCUCCUCCGCCGGCCGCGGCGUGCUGUCCAUGUCCGGGCUCUCGUACGGCGUGGUCCGAGUGGACGCCGAGAACUCGCUCACGUCGCUCACGCUGCAGGACUGCGGGCAGGUCAUGCCGUCGUGCGUAAUCGUCGUGGUCAAAAUGGAGGGCCCCGCGUACCUCUGCAAGACGGAUGAAGUCGGCGAAAUCUGCGUGCUUUCCGGGGCCACAGGCUCCGGCUACUGGGGUCUACCGGGACUCACGAACACAGUCUUCCGAGUGAGGCCGCUAGACGCUGAUGGCGAGACCAUAGGAGAGGAGAGCUACGUUAGGAGCGGGCUGCUGGGAUUCUUGGGGCCUGGUGGUCUCGUGUUCGUGUGCGGCUCCCGCGACGGGCUGAUGACGGUGACGGGCCGCAAGCACAACAUGGACGACAUCAUCGCGACAGUGCUCGCUGUCGAACCGAUGAAGUUCAUAUAUCGAGGCCGCAUUGCUGUGUUCUCUGUGCGGGUGUUGAGGGAUGAGAGGAUCUGCAUCGUGGCGGAGCAGAGGCCGGAUUGUGGGGAGGAAGAGUCAUUCCAAUGGAUGUCCCGCGUGCUCCAAGCCGUGGACUCGAUCCACCAGGUCGGCAUCUACUGCCUGGCGCUGGUGCAGCCCAACUACCUGCCCAAGACUCCGCUCGGCGGGAUCCACCUCAGCGAGUGCAAGCGGCGCUUUUUGGAAGGAACUUUACACCCGGCGAAUGUGCUAAUGUGUCCGCAUACUUGCGUCACUAACCUGCCGAAGCCGAGGGAAAUACACUCAGACGUAGGGCCGGCGUCGGUGAUCGUGGGCAACCUGGUGCAGGGCAACCGCCUUGCCUCCGCGCAGGGCCGCGACAUGGGAUACACAGAUGAUUCAGACGCUGCUAGAAAGUAUCAAUUUAUAUCUCAAAUCCUGCGAUGGCGCGCGCAGAGCACCUCUGACCACGUCAUCUUUACACUCCUCAACUCGAAGGGCGCCGUAUCCAAGGUCCUGACCUGCGCCGAACUACACAAGAAGGCCGAGCGGAUCGGCAACCUCCUCCUAGAGAAAGGAAGGGUCAACACUGGAGACCACGUAGCGCUCAUUUUCCCUCCCGGGAUUGAUCUCAUUUGCGCGUUCUACGGGUGUCUGUACGUGGGCGCCGUCCCCGUCACCAUCCGGCCGCCGCACCCGCAGAACCUGCACACCACCCUCCCCACGGUCAGAAUGAUCGUCGACGUCAGCAAAGCGACUCUAGUCCUCUCAAACCAGUCUGUGAUAAAACUGCUGCGCUCCAAGGAGGCCAGCAACGUCCUCGACAGCAAAGCUUGGCCCAUAACGCUCGACACCGACGAUAUGCCCAAAAAGAAACUACCAAUUUUAUACCGCGCGCCCACAGCAGAAAUGCUUGCGUACCUCGACUUCAGCGUCUCCACUACAGGAAUGCUCGCCGGCAUCAAGAUGUCGCACGCCGCAGUCACGUCUCUCUGUCGAUCCAUGAAAAUUGCUUGCGAAUUAUACCCCUCCAGACAUAUAGCGCUAUGCCUAGACCCUUACUGUGGCCUCGGAUUCGCUUUGUGGUGCCUCAGCAGCAUUUAUUCCGGACAUCACUCGAUUUUAAUUCCGCCUUCUGAAGUGGAGAUCAAUCCUGGACUUUGGCUCAGCGCCGUGUCUCAAUACAAAGUGAGGGACACGUUCUGCUCGUAUGGAGUGAUGGAGUUAUGCACUAAAGGGCUAGGAAGCUCCGUCAAUCAGCUCAAGUCGAAAGGAAUUAAUUUGGCCUGCGUGCGAACGUGCGUUGUGGUCGCCGAGGAGAGGCCGAGGAUAAACUUGACGAAUUCGUUCUCGAAGCUGUUCUCGGCGUUAGGGCUCAGUCCUCGCGCCGUCUCGACUUCUUUCGGCUGCCGAGUGAACAUAGCGAUCUGUCUGCAGGGCGCCUCGAGCCCCGAGCCGUCAACGGUGUACGUAGACUUGCGUGCGCUGCGCAACGACAGAGUAUCUUUAGUAGAACGCGGCAGCCCGCACUCGCUAUGUCUAAUGGAGUCCGGAAAACUUUUACCCGGUGUGAAAGUGAUCACAGCAAAUCCCGAAACGAAAGGACAAUGCGGCGACUCGCAUUUAGGUGAAAUUUGGGUUCAAUCGCCACACAGCGCGAGCGGAUACUUCACGAUAUACGGGGACGAGAGUGACUACGCGGACCACUUUUGCGCUCAGCUGGUAACCGGGAAUACGGGCGAAGUUUACGCGAGGACGGGUUACCUAGGGUUUUUGAGGAGGACGGAGAUCAGUACGACUGCGAGCGCAGGGGAUGACAGUUCGUUGAUGAUCCGAGACAGCGACACGGAGUCGCUGGCGUCGGCGUGCGGCAGCGUGAGCGGCGCCAGCGUGCAGGAGUCGCACGACACGCACGACGCGGUGUUCGUGGUGGGCGCGCUCGACGAGACCAUCAUGCUGCGCGGCAUGCGGUACCAUCCCAUCGACAUUGAGAACUCGGUCAUGCGGUGCCACAAGAAGGUUGCCGAAUGCGCCGUGUUCACGUGGACGAACCUCCUGGUGGUGGUGGUGGAGCUGGAGGGGAGCGACAGCGAGGCCCUGAACCUGGUGCCGCUCGUCACCAACACGGUCCUCGAGGAGCACCACCUCAUAGUGGGCGUGGUGGUGGUCGUGGACCCGGGGGUGGUGCCCAUCAACUCGCGGGGCGAGAAGCAACGCAUGCACCUCAGGGACGGCUUCCUUUCCGAUCAAAUCGAUGCCAUCUACAUCGCUUAUAACAUGUAAAAUGGUUAGGCAAUUUAACUAAUGUUACAUUUGACUUAUUUAAUUUCCCCUACAUCUGUUAUUCAUGGGUCUUUCUUUUUGUCAAAGAAAAUCUAACUCAAAUUAAUCAUAGCCAUUUACCCCUCUGGGUUUUAUUCGACGAUUUAAAAAAAUCGCUAGGUCAAAUGAAACGUUAGAUGUAAUAAUAUUCGGUCAGCCCUGCGUGGUAACUUGUUUGGCACUGUUGUCAACCAACCCAUACAGGCAGAGGUUCCUGUGAUUUAAUGAAUGUGCUUCGAAUGACGAACAACAUACAGCGACGAGGUUCCGAGACCUUACCUUAUUUUAAACGCCAUUUUUACGAAGUUGUAAUUUUGUGGAUUAUUUUAUGUGACGUCUACUUAUCUUCAAGAUAUUAUAUCUUGUCUUGACUGUUUGUACAUUAGAAGUAUUUGACGACUGUACUGACUUUAGGUACUCCAGUUGACCUUCGACGAUCUCCAUUUGAACGAGAAGCUGUUGCUUCAGAUUUGUUGACGAAAAACGAAUGCAAUCGUUUGGAAAGCUUUUGUACGGGCAAUAGGCAGAUUCUGUCUUUUUAGCCUACAAUAUAAGUGUCUUUUCAUUGCCAGCUCUCUGGCAACCCUCAGGUUGAUAUAAAACUUUUUGUCGAAUAUUUAAUUCUUAUGUUCAUUAAAUUUUGACUCUGCAAGUCGCAAGCGAGAAAAAAUGAUUCCCUCUAUCUAUUCAUACAAUAAAUUAGAGAGUAGUGUCAAGGGCUCGGCCCGUUCGUAGAAUCUGUCUAUUAGCUCAAUACGCGCCAUACCUACGCAUUCCAAGCGAGCCCCAUCGUAUUAGUACCUUAGAACACCGACUACGACCCCCACGAUGUACAUAAUUUAGCAUUUUACCUUCUCACCCUUUCCAAAUUGGAAUUGUCUAAAACAAAUUAGCAUAGUUAGUAGUUUCGGUGCCGGCGCCUAAACGAUUUUUAAGGUUAUAUUUUGUAAGGUUGUUUAAAAGUUACCAGUUCGGUGUCAAAAUUGUUAUCUGAAUCUAGAUUAGUUCGGUUGAAAUUGAUAAAAUACUUAGUAUUUAGCUCAAACGCCGGCACCGGCACCGACCCACGCAUAUUUUACGAUUUCUAAGACUAAACGAAUUCUAAGACAAGUUAAUUACAUCAUCGUACGUACGGUAAAGAAGCUAACGCUUUAGUACCUUGUCGUAUAACGCUAUCAAGUGACGUUAAACGAAAAUCAGAUAUAGUCGAGUAUGACAAAGCGCUAAAUUGUGUAGCAUUUUGAUAUUGCCGUGCUUUGAGCUCGAAUCAAGAUCGGGACAAGACUGAUACAAGUCUGAAUUCUAGAGGUUUUUUACUUUCACUUUAAGGUAUUUUUACCGCCCCUUAUUCCCAGUAAAGUAACUAGAAUGUGGAACUUUUGGAACAGUGAAUUAAAGCAUGGUUCGGGUUUGUGCAGUAAUUAUAUUUGUUAGUGUAAUUGUUGUAUGUAAACCUCUAAAUUGUGGCAUAUCUAGGUUUGCCUUAGGGUCUUUACAAAAAUAGUUAUACCACAACGUAUUUCAGCGUUUAUCUAGUCAAUCCUAAGAGUGCUUGUACAAGUUGUACAAACGAAGCACAACGCUUUUCUGCUCUUAACGCCACAUGGAAACUAACGAAUCAUGUAAGUCCAAAAAGUUAUCCAUUUACAAACCCCUAAUUUAAUCGUUAUAUUUUGGUCCCCUAAUUUGGUCACUUCUGGAAUUGACUAUUUAAAGGCCGAAACACGGUUUUAGUUAUGAGUUUUGUUGAAGACCACUUUAGUAGUUGACUUGAUGCUCACAUUUGGCUAGCCAAAUAUGACUGCCAUAAUUUCGGGGCUUGCAAACAACAUAUUGAUUAGAACUUAUAAAAUUAUAUAAUAAUUGAUAAUUAUCUGACAAACAGCUUGUACUGUUUUUAUUAUACACAAUUAUAUUGUUGUGAUUAUCAUUCAAGUAAUUUAUCGUAGUUGUAAAUUUAUGUAUGACAGUAAUAUGAGUGUUAGUGACGAUAAUGUUUCGCAUUUAAUAUUAUGUAUAUGUUUAACUUUAGUUUCGCGGUUCGGUUAAAGUCGACAAUAACGAGUGACGAUACUGGAAUCCGGUGAAACUGACAAAAUGAAAUUCUCGUACCAUAGUGUUAGCUUUAUUAGGUACGUGUUAGUUAUCGUAAUAAUUAGUAAUAAAUAGAAGGAAUGGUUACAGCUUAAGCAUCAUACAGUGGUUUCCACAGGUAUCCGCUAGCCAAAUUGACGACCAGAGUCGUAAAACUUUUCAUUCACACUUGCCUAAUCGUGGCAAGAGUGAGAGAGACAGUGAUUAAUAUGACCUCAUUCCUUAGUUUGGUUUGUGGCUACUAUAAUAGCAACAAAUGACCAUAUGUGGUCCUUAUGUCUUGGUGACAAGGCUCACGUAUUGUCUGCUGACUGUGUGGACGAUGUACCGCAGCUUUUCUCUAGAAUGUUAGCUUUACUUCACGCUCUUUUAUUCCGUAGUACGGUUUGAUCUGAGUUUGCAAAGUUUCUCUUAUUUUAGUUUCUACUUGAAGACAUGCAAUGAGUAUAUAUGGAUGUAGAGAAUUGCCUAAAAUUAGGUAGGUACAUUUGAUCGAUCGGUAUAUUUAAUGCCGCUUUAUCUUAGAGUCAUAAAUAACUUUUUUAUUGAUCAAAUUAACAGGGUGGUUGACCAUUGGGUAACCAACAUACUUAAAAAGGGGUUAUUCGGAAUGACUGUUUGAUAUAAUACCUGAUAAAUAUAUACAGUGAAACCUGGUUAAGUGGGACCUGGAUAAGUGAGAAACCUCUAUAGCUGGGACUCAUGGUGCGGUCCCGACACUUUAGCACUGAAUUACCUCUGUUAGUGAGAAAAAAAGAACCUCUAUAACUGGGAUUAGUUGUUGUGCUUUUAUAGUCACAUUUACCUCUAUAAUUGAGACAGAGAGUGUAUUUUACCUCUUUUACUGAGACUAUAUUUAUAAGAUUACAUUUUCCUAAUUGUUUUUUUUAGAAUUUUAUACGAAUUACCUCUGUAUCUGAGAUAACGUCAGUCUAUGACCUCUCUAACUUGGACUUUAUUUAUCUAUUUCCGUAUUCUUCCUAACUCUUAGUCUAUCCACAAAUCUCGCAUUUGCUUAAUUGUAUCUAAACGACUUCAAGUUUCAUUUAGUUACUUUAUGUAGUUAAAACUAUCGAAACGAAAGCUGAAAUCUUGAUAAGUAACAAGAAUAAACAAAUUUUCAUUUAAUUAAUUUCUAAUACUCAUUGCGUCUUCCGUCCGUAUCAAAUUUAAUUGAAAAAAUCUAUCCUUUGGAAAAUCAUUCAAAAUAAAUUCAAAGAAAUAUUUAAUUAGACUUAAAAAAUAUUUAGAGACAAGGAUUAUUUUACCUAAACAUUUAAAGAUAAUUACAAAAUACCUUAUUAUUAUUAACCACCUCUAUAACUGAGAUAUAUCCUCUAUUCUCACCUCUAUUAAUGGGACCCUCUGUAAAUGACACAGAAAUUUAUUUGUACCUGACUAACUGGGAGCCUGGAUAAGUGGAAAACCUCUUUAAGUGAGACAAAUUUGCUCGUCCCUUGAGAUCCCACUUAUCCAGGUUUCACUGUAUAAGUUUUCCUUUUCAAACUCAGAUAAAACCUUGCGAUGGUUCGUUAUUGUGUCCAGGACUGGCUCUUAGCUCAAUUUAAAUAGUAUUUGCGACGCUUUUACUUCACUUCGAUUUUGCUCAAUUAGGCGCUUUUUUUUGCACCUUUAGGUAUCGCCGGUACCGGAGAAAACUACCAUAUCAAAAUGUUAUCCAACUUAAAUUUAUAGUGACCAAUUAUAAGUUUUAUUACACAGAAUUAAAGUUUAGUAAUGGAUGGUAAUGGGCAUUACUUACUUUACACAGGUAUUAUAUGGAAGAUUCCGGUAAAAGUCAACUUAAAUUUAUAAUUUUCUAAAGGGUAUAGAGUAUAACAAGCAAAAUUAUCUUCGUUAUCCAGCAUAUAGCAGCGUAAUUGUUAAUAAGUUUAGUAUCGUUUGUUGCAAAUAGUUAGAUUAUACGCGUCUCUAGGGUCAGGUAGCCUUGCUCAAAAUGUAAUUUGAUAUUUUGUUAAAAAGAUAGCCAGAAGUAUGGCCGCUAAAAUAAAACUGAUUUCCUAACACGCCAUUUUAUCGUGUUUAAGCGCGACACGCAUACAUUUACAACCCAAGGGCAAGCGGUGAAUCUCGCAAACCCGACGAGAAAGGUGUGUGCGAAAUGGGCUUACCAUAAAGUUAGUUUUGUUUUAGCGACCCUAUCUGUCGUGUGUUUUUCAUCAUUACCUACUGAGACCGAUGACAAUUUAUUCUGCAUUUCUUGAUUAUUUUCGCAAGCCUGGCUCUCGGAACGUAUCUAAAGUGUCAAAUCGUGUAAAAGUAAAUGUCAUUGCUUAUAACUUAGGCGUUCAAUAGGGACUGCAGAUUAUCGCAUGUUAAUUGGAAUAUAAUACGAAUUUGGUACCAAAUUUAAAUAGAUAGGUCUUAUUGUCUAUGAAAAUUACUAACUUGAUGUAUCCAAGAUUUAAAAGCCUUACCAGUAAUAUAUAUGAUGCCAAGAGGGGGCUGAUAUUCUCAUGUAUAGGGUGACAAUUCAGUAUAGUAUGUAACGUUUUUGUUCCAGUGAAAUUCCGCAACAUGGCGCGUGAUCAUUAUAUACUACUGGUGGUGGUCUGGUGAUUAUAUUACUGGUCAGGCUUAUACAAUUCGUAGCGACGAGGCGAGCUCAAACUUACACGACUUACCUAAAUUUUAUUAGCUUUGAUUUUGUUAAAUUUUUAACUUGUUAAAUACCAAUAAAGAAACUGAUCUAUAACAUUUCAAACUCCAGGCCAAGAACUACUUAAACUGUAAAACUCUUGAAAUCUACAAUAGGUAUUUGUCACGAUUCAACGCGUGUGUACAUGGUGUGGUCACGUCGACAGCUUCUCGCUCUAGACUCUCGGCGAGAGGCUCUCGCCGAGGGUUCAGCCGGCAUAACGAUUCACUCCCUAUAACGUCGACAUUUGUUGGCUGUUGCUUAACUUUAAUAUUAAUUUCGCUCUAUAUUACGAAAACUCUCUAUAGUGUCAAAAACGCCCGGUCCCUUGAGUGUAUUAUAAAGUUUACACUGUAACACAGUUAUUUGUCUCAUGAUAAUAUCGAUGGCAGUGAAACCCUGUUGAAAGUUAUAUGACUUUUAUUCCAGUUGAUGUAAGAUUCUAGAUGAUAUCGUUUAUUAUUGGAUUUCAAUUGAUUAUUCAUGUAUUCAUGUAACGUAAGUGUUUGACUUCGGUUCAGGGGGCCGAUUUUUGAAUUUCGAUCACUCGAUUUCGUCACUCGAAAAUGGGUGGAAAACGACGAAAUGAAAAUUUUUGAAAUACGUGCAAUCGAAAUUUGGAAUCUAUUGGUAUUGACCACUCGAUUUCAAUUCUAUUAGUAGAAUUUAAAUGCCUAGUAGUGGAGAUAUUAUUUAACAAAAUACACGAAAUCGAGUGGUCGAAUUUCAAAAAUCGGCCCCCAGCUCAAUAACAUUAUGAAAUAAUGCACAAUGAUUAUGAAACAAUUAAACUAAGGAAAUGUUAUUGACAAGUUCAAAAAUCAUGUAACUAAGGCUCAUUUAGUGGUCGCAAGGGCUCGCAUGCGAGUUUCAUUACAUUGCGGUAUUUUUCAAUUGAGUGUAUGUAUAUCAGUACAGUCAGCAGCAGAAGUUGCUAAACGGGCGAGGUGUUCAAAAUGACCUUGAUGCGCUCUUAUUCUCUUAACAAUAACGCCGCGUCAAGAUAAUUUUGAACACCUCGUCCGCUUAGCAACUACGGCUGCUGUUUGUACUCGGCAAUGUAACAUAAUUUGUAUGAACACGCUACCUCUAUUUGAGCGUGCAGAGUAAGGGCCAAGGCUUGAAAAGGCUUCGCAAUUUCUAUUUUAUGUCUUUUCGCGCAACUCGAUGCAUGUUUAUAAAAAUUAUAAAUGCUAGUCGAUCAAAAUAAUAAAAAAAAGGUUGUAAUCCAUUCCAGAAAUUUCUAUGCAAACAAUCCAUUAUGUAAUUUAUGUACUAUGGUUUGUUACGAGCUUAUUUUCGUCUAUAAAUAUAUUUAGAUCAUUCUUCUUUUGUAAUUAUUUAUUGAUAAAAAUGUAAAUAUAAUUUUGUUAUUUAAUUUUACGUUUAAAUGAUUUUGGUAUUGAUGCUUUGUUGUUUUGACAAGUCAGCAAUUAUUUUAAGGAAAUGUAUCCGCCAACUGAUUUUGUAUUAUCAGAAUUCCUUUAAGUUGUCAUUUAUAAAAAAAUAUUUUUAUUGAUAAAAAUGUAGUCAGUAUACGGUAUAAGUGUACACGUAGUUUAUAACUCAGUUUAAUGAACAAACACAUAAUUUGUAAUCAUUAUUAUUGUAACUAAGUUAUAGAGCAAGAUAGUCGACAGUCGACUAAAUGCACGUCGAGCGCACUGCACGGAUAUUGUGGUCACAUUUUGUCACUUAUCGCGCUCGAUAAAAACCGACACAUUCCUAUGAAUUGGUACAUAAGCGCAAGGUGACGGCUUAUUUACUGCGAUAAGUGAUCAAGACGCGACCAUAAUGGCCGCCUGGAUCAACUAGUGUAAGACAAACAUCACAAUCAAAUUAAUAAUGCACUCAUAAUAACGUCUCCCAAUAAGUUAAUCUAUUACAUUAGGUCUAUAGUUGAAACUUUGGAAACUUUUAUAAAACGCACAAAAUUGUUUACCUACAUUUUUUGGAAGAUUUUUCAUGUGUUUUUGUUUUAUCUAUUUAACGGUGACAGCCAAAGAAACGGAAGUGUGACUCGUGACCCGCUUUUAAAAAAUUGUGAUUCUUUUCUGAAAAUAAAUAAACGUGCAUUCUGAUGUG